AUGGUUGAGCGAGACUAUGCCACAGCGACGGGCCUCGACGUUCGCCUUGCAGCGCGCGAAGGGAAGCACACAGGUCCGACUGCGGGUCUCGCGCCGGGCUUCCUACAGGCGAACCUGCUCGUGCUCCCCGCCGAGUACGCCGACGACUUUCGCAGGCUCUGCGCGCGCAACCCGGUGCCGUGCCCCCUGAUCGGCGAGUCCUCCGGCCCGGGCAUCUUCGACAGCGUGACCGGCAGCGCGCCCCGGUUAAGCAUGGCGACGGGCUGCGACCUGCGGACUGACAUCCCGGCCUACAUGGUGUACGAGGACGGGCGGCUCGUCAAGUCGCACUCCCGGGACGUCCAGGCGGAGUGGACUGCCCGGCACGUCGGGUUCCUGAUCGGGUGCUCGUACAGCUUCGAGACGGCGCUGGCGGCGGUGGGCCUGCGGCCGCGGCACGUGGCGCAGGGCCGCAACGUGCCGAUGUACCGGACGACGCUGGCGCUGAUGCCGGCGGGAAAGUUCACCGGCGCGACGUGCGUGGUGUCGAUGAGGGCGUAUAGGAGGAGAGAGGUGGACGAGGUGCGGAGGGUGACGGCGAGGUUCGGGGCGACGCACGGGGAGCCGCUGGCGUGGGGGUGGGAGGCGGUGGGGAGGUUGGGGAUCAGGGACGUGGACGAGCCGGAAUGGGGGGACGCGCCGUUGACGGAAGAUGGGAUGCCGCUGGGGAAGAGGAGGAGGGAGGGUGAGGGGGAUGGGGAGGAGGAGGAGGAGGAGGUGCCGGUGUUUUGGGGCUGUGGCGUGACGCCGCAGGAGGCGGUGAUGAGGGCCGGGCUGAAAGGGGUGGUGAUGGCGCAUGCACCUGGUCAUAUGCUGGUGCUGGAUGCAAAGGAUGAGGAUAUUGUCGGCUGA